AUGGGUUUGACGAAAUUUGAAAAGCUUCCUGAGGACGCGGUUCCGUUGACGCGGCAUUCUGAUAUAAAGUUGGUGUUGGAUACACCAAAAGGCAGAGGCGUCUUCGCAGCAGCACGCAUACCCGCACAUACCGUACUAGAAACCUGUCCAGUACUAGUCCUCGAUCCAACAGAAAACAAAGAGCACAUUGAGAAGACAGAGUUGUUCCACUACACAUACAACUGGCCCUACACCUGCCCCAAAACACAAAAACAACUCACAACCCAAGCUGUAAUCCUCGGUCUAGGCAGCAUGUUCAACCACUCAACACAACACCAAAACGUGGGUUGGGAAAGAAAUGUCGCCAAUAAAGUCAUCGUCUACAAGACUUUGAGGGAAAUAGAGGAAGGAGAAGAGUUGUGUAUUUCGUAUGGAAGUCGGUUGUGGUUUAAGGAUGCUGAUGUCGGGGAGGAGGAAGAUGAGGGGGACGGCUUGGGCGUGCUUGGGGGUAUUGAGGUGUGA